GUUCAACGUGUCGCAUAGCAAACGAACGUGGCGGCGAUGACGAUAGGACGAAGAAGACGCCCGAAGCGCACCGGUGAUGCUGCCCCAGGAUCUCGUGCUCGUUGUCGCGCGCUACAUUGAAGAGCCGGACGACUUUCUGAGCUUCCUCGACGCACUGCCAGCCGGCGACCGCGGUCCGUCGCUUGGCAGCCUCGUGGCGCUGGCCACCAUGAGGCCCGCGUCGACGCUCUGGCCGCGGCUGUUGCUGUCGUCCGUAGCAUCCAACCGUCAGCGCAAGCUGCUCUGCGACGCCAUGCGCAGUCACCCAUGUGUGGAGCUCGACGUUGAAGGCCUUGGGCUCUGGGCACCGCACAUCCCUCCGUCGACGCGUCUGCGCAUGAGCCUCGAGAAAAGCCACGUGGAUAAUACGCUCCCGGUUGCCAUCGUGUCGGCGCUGUGCGAGCUCGAGAUCGUGCUGGACACACCCUCUUCCAUCUCAACCUUUGCCUCCUUUCUCCAAACGCUACCACGCCUCCGUGUCCUGCGACUCGAGUGUCUCUGGACCAGCCUCGGCUCACCUCCGUGUCUCGAGCCGCUCCUCGAUGGCCUGCGCCAAGUGCGGCUCGAGUCGACGGGCUUUUCGUUUCAGCGAGGACACGUGCUCUCGACGGCGACGGUCGCUGCCAUCGCACAGGUUCUCACAGCACAGAGCGUGCGUGACGUGAGCUUCCGCAGUGUCGACGUCACGCCCGAGACUGGCGACUUUUUGUGUGCUGCGCUCCAGACGUCGCGGUCUCUGCAGCGCCUGACAUUGCAAGAAAGCCAUACGCUGGUGGCGGCGCUGGCGCGAACGACGCGGGAGCUGCCCCAUCUGAAGCAUUUGGCCCUCAACGACGUGUCGUGGCGCCAUUUGGAGACGUUCUGGUCGAGGUUGCCCAUCAUGAAGCGGCUCUCGACGCUCCACCUGUGGCUCGACCACGGGCGCUUGAACGACGACGAGUUUGGGCGGUUUGUAUCGGUCCUCGGCCAGCUGCAGCUUUGGACCCUUCAGCUCCACGCCAAGAAUUUGUUGCUCAACUACCCCGGGCGCGUGGCUCUCUUGCUCGCAGCGCUGGCGCCACAGUCCGACCUUGUGGCACUCACAUUGCACUUUACCAUGCUGAGCAACGACGACCUGUGGACGCUUGCUGCGAUGCUGCCGUGUGCGGUGGCGACGCUCGACCUGCGUUACAACGCGUACGACGACGCUGGCGUCGACGCUCUGGGUGCCCUACUGCAGCGGCCUGCGCUGCGGCACGUGGCCCUGGCCGAGACGCUCUCGCGCGCUGCUCAAGACCGCUUGCGUGCGAUGAGCCCGAGGACCUUGCGCCUGACCUUUGAUGUCAAGUAGUCGGAGCAUGCGUUCAAGUAGUUAGAUAUACGUUUGUCGAUACCCUGCUGAGGUCCACUGUGGCGUUGACGUAACUAGUACAAUAUUGUCUACUAAAGAAAGUCACGCAUUACAGUCGA